AUGAUUGUAAUCCUCUGGAAGCCAUUAGUCGAGCCAAUAUAUAAGCUUGCAGCUUCAGUAAGGCUGGUUCUGUCUAGCAAGGUGCAAAUGGGACAUUUUGACCCAAUGGGAGAUCUAAUGCUGCUGGCUGUCUAUGUGGUGCAUUUGGUAAAUGUUACUUGGAUUCUUCUAUUACCAUUGCUAGGGAUUGAGCAUGGCAUGAGGCCGUCUCCAUAUGGUAAAGAAGAGUCUGCACAUGGUUCUGCAGGUCAUGAAGGUCCACUUACACUUGCCAGGAUGAACCUCACUGGCCUAAUUCCAGAUUAUUUAAGGUCACAUUCCACACUUUAA